GCCCCAACGGGCAGGCAGCACACCCACCACACCGAGCCAGCCCAGCCGUCGGUAACGGAGAAGAUGGCAGAGCGGCAACAACAGAAACACGAAGGCAGGGUAAAGAUCGGCCAUUACAUCCUCGGCGACACGCUCGGAGUGGGAACAUUCGGGAAAGUGAAGAUCGGCGAGCACCAGCUGACAGGCCAUAAAGUGGCUGUAAAGAUCCUAAACAGACAAAAGAUCCGCAGUCUCGAUGUUGUUGGGAAGAUCAAACGAGAGAUCCAGAAUCUCAAACUGUUCAGACACCCACACAUUAUCAAGCUGUACCAGGUGAUAAGUACACCCACAGAUUUCUUCAUGGUCAUGGAGUAUGUGUCAGGAGGUGAGCUGUUUGACUACAUCUGCAAACAUGGACGGGUGGAAGAUACAGAGGCUCGUCGUCUUUUCCAGCAGAUUAUCUCAGCUGUAGACUACUGCCACAGGCACAUGGUGGUCCACAGAGACCUCAAACCUGAGAAUGUCCUGCUGGAUGCCAGCAAGAACGCCAAGAUAGCCGACUUCGGUCUGUCAAACAUGAUGUCAGAUGGGGAGUUCCUACGGACAAGCUGUGGCUCACCCAACUAUGCUGCUCCAGAGGUCAUAUCAGGAAGGCUUUAUGCAGGUCCAGAGGUGGACAUCUGGAGCUGUGGGGUGAUCCUGUACGCGCUGCUGUGCGGCACUCUGCCCUUUGAUGAUGAGCACGUCCCCACGCUGUUUAAGAAGAUCAGAGGAGGCGUCUUUUACAUCCCAGAGUACCUGACUCGUUCUGUGGCCUCGCUGCUCAUGCUCAUGCUGCAGGUGGACCCUCUGAAGAGAGCCACUAUCAAAGACAUCAGGGAACAUGAGUGGUUUAAGCAGGACCUGCCAGGCUACCUGUUCCCUGAGGACCCCUCGUACGAUGCUACAGUCCUGGAUGAGGAGGCUGUCAGGGAAGUGUGUGAGAAAUUUGAAUGCACUGAAUCCGAGGUUGUGUCCAGCCUUUACAGCGGGGAUCCACAGGAUCAGCUAGCAGUAGCCUAUCACCUUAUAAUAGAUAACCGGCGCAUCAUGACCCAGGCCAGCGAGUUCUACUUGGCCUCCAGUCCUCCCCAGGGCUCCUUCAUAGAAGAGGGCAUGCCGCUGCCCCCCGGGGUCAAACCCCACCCUGAGAGGAUGCCUCCGCUCCUGGCUGACAGCCCCAAGUCUCGUUGUCCUCUGGAUGCUCUCAACACCACUCGGCCCAAACCCCUAGCAGUGAAGAAGGCCAAGUGGCACCUUGGCAUCAGGAGUCAGAGCAGACCCUAUGAUAUAAUGGCUGAAGUGUACAGGGCUAUGAGACAACUCAGCUUUGACUGGAAGGUGGUGAACCCGUACCAUCUGCGAGUGCGGAGGAAGAAUCCAGUGACGGGAAACCUGGUGAAAAUGAGCCUGCAGCUGUACCAGGUGGACAACAGAUCCUACCUCCUUGACUUCAAGAGCAUCGAUGAUGACAUCAUCGAGGCUGUAGGCUUUAAAUCGGGUUCGUCCACUCCUCAGAGGUCAGGUUCCACAGCUGGUCUCCACAGACCCAGACUGAGCAUUGAUUCGGCAAGCCCUGCGAUUGAUCUGCCCCAGCUCAGCUCCUCUCUCCCAGGGUCCCUGUCUGGUAGCUCCCCUCUACUCACCCCACGUCAGGGAUCACACACCAUGGACUUCUUUGAAAUGUGUGCCAGUCUGAUCACCACACUGGCACGCUGAGACCUGUCGACUCCUAACCCUCACAGACCUGUAACCUGAAUGUAAGUGGGGUUUUUGAGCCAGUUGCUGAUCCAGGAUGUAGGGUGUGUACAUUUUUGGCGUGUCUUCCUCUCUCUGUCUCUUCUUUAUCUCUGUUCCAGUUGUAUUGCACUGGAAAGGGGCAUGAAAAUGUCAAAGCAAUGCCUGUCACUUCAGAUUAAGGAGACAUAGAGAGGAAGCCUUUUUCAGGAAAGCAGAUUAAUAGCUUUUUUCCCCCUUAUUUUGACACAGUCCUUGAGUUAGUCAUGCAGCUUAGACACCAGGUGAAAGCCUGUGAAAAUGGAUCCUGGGACUGGAAUCUGUGAACUAGUAGAGGCCAGCAAAGGUCAAGUUCACUGUCACUCCUCCCACAAAUACCUUCAAUCUAUUAUCAACUGCUGAAAUGUCAUCCACCAUAACACUUAAUGGUGGGAAAUCCUGUUUUCUCCAGACACUUAUCGGAGGUCAGUUUUGCUUCUUGUCUCAUAUUUUGAUUAAGGCACUUUAAAUUGACGUUAAAUCUGUGUCUGAGGGAACAUUAACACAUGUCAAAUUUGAUUUCAGGUUUUAUAUUAUAUGGUUUGUAAAGAAGCAGCUUUUGUUAUCCAUGUAUAUUAUAUUUGUAUUACAAUCGUUAAAUUGUUAUAUCGUAAUACAGUCGUAUUACUUAGCUGAAAAGUUUGACAAAGGUAUACCAAAUAACAGACUUUAUACACCAUAAAGAAGAUUAUUAUUAUUUAGAUAUCAGAUCCAUAUUUAUUUUUGAGAGAUUUUUUAGAUACUGUAGUUAUAUUAUUUAAGCACUGCAUCAACAUAGAGUUUUAUUCUGAUUUUGAAUAGAGUGUAGAAGAUUAAUGAACCUAAAGAGACAGCAGGAUAGUAGGACGACAAUACUCUGCAUGGUACUGUGUCCUGCAUUUAGUGUCGAAGCACAGAUACACACCGCCUCACAAGUUUUCACAAUCACCAUUUUAUCUGAUGUAUUUCAAAGAUACUAUGCAUACCAUACGUAUCUUUUCUAUUUUUUUUAUCCACACAACCGUCAUUGUAUCUAUCAUAAAUAUGCAACACACAUAGACUCAUUUACACUUCAGUGUCUGAAAUCCAUGAAAACGUGGCAAAGGUUAAUCUGAAAUCAGACCCUAGUUUUCUCUGACCAACAGUAAAUUACACUUAAAUAUUUAUACUUUUAUUUAGAGAACAAAAACAAGCAAAUCUUCACUUAAUGAAUUAAAUUAAAAUGGCUACUAAUCAUAUUAGCCGCAAUAAAUGUAAUAGGCCCUGUGUCCAUCCUGUAGGUGAACGAAUUAAGAAGUGUUGACGAUAAUCAAGGAGUAAACAAAAAUGACUCAUGUGAGUUGGUGUGUAUCUGCUGCAGGACAGAAUAAGCCACAGGAACCUUUCUCCAGUUGCCUUAAAGAGUGCAGCACAGUAAUUCUGUGCAUAUGUUUAUGGAGAGUGUGUGCAUGAGCCAGUGUGUGUAAUGGAGAUCAGAUGAGUGGAGAGUGUGUCACAUGACUGUCAUGUUUUCUCACUGACAAAGCUGAUUUGUGAGAAGGAUCUCUGUAGUGGUUUGAGAGACUGGUAGAGACAAGGGUCAAAAACAUGAUGCUUCUGUGUUUUGGAGCUGUUGUCUGUGUGUGUAUCUUCUGUUUAGCCUCCGUUUGCUGUUUUUAUUGCGGGGAUACGCAAACUUUACUGUACUAUUAUAAAUGUUCUGCAUCGUCCUGUCAGAUCGUACCAUAGCAGGGUUGUGUGUCGCUGUUGUCAUACAAUAUUUUGUCUAAAUCUUUUCUGACCGAAUGUAAAGUGAAAGCCUGUGCUGCUCAGAUAAAUCCUUCCGUCUGUCUUUUUCUCUGUUUUCUUUCUCUUAGUUUUAAAGCAGUGUUGUUGUUUGGAUAGAGAGCACUGGACUGUUGCCUUUCUACUGUUAGCAGUCAAACACAUUGGUUGGACGGGUAGUACGUACUCUACUUUAGGCUGGUGUCAGAAACUCCAAAAUGGUCAAUGUUCUCAUUAUUAUUAUAAUUUAAUUGUCAUUAUUGUCACAGGCUUGGGCCAAGAGGCAGAUUAGUGAUAAAACUGUACAAUGUAAAAAUAUAAUUUUAUCAGGUUAGUACAAAAUAGGAGUGAUGAGAUAGCAUUUCAUAAUAAUGGGGAGAAUUUGGCCAUGUUGGAGGUUUACAGACACCCAGAUAAGAACACUGUUGCUAACUUUGUUGGACCUACAAUAAUCUGAUACAGACUGAGGUUUGAGUUUGUUACUGUACACGGUUGUAAAAGAAAGGGAUUCAGUAAUCUUUGCCUUAUGAGAGCUUUGCGUUUAAACAGUGAAAGCCAUCUUCUUUAUUACUCUGCUGAAACCCUUUAUUACAUGUGUUCUGUUUUUAUGUCCUGUGUACGGCUGCCUUUCCUGUCUGCAACGGCACAUAUACCACUGAAUACACUCUGAUGUCAGGGAGAAACUCUGCUCCCUGCUGCAACACACAUGCAACUGCGCACACAGCUUUGUAAACAAUAAUUCAUGUUCUUCAGUCAACCCUCUAUAUUACACUCUAUUGCUGUGUCUUAAAUGACUUGUCCUCUGUACAGUGAGCUACUUUGAAUAUAAACUACUGAUCAAUGAAGUCGCUAUGUUGCAGAGGUCAUGGUCAUUAAAAGCUCACCAUAUAACCAGUAUUUACUGUCAGAUGUAGUACUGUACCAUUACAACUGUAUGCAACCACCAGUGGCAUGUUAGUCAUGUAAACUCUAAUCUGUGUUUAGAGCUGGGAAACACAUGCCAGAGGGCUUGAUCAAAUACAGAAUUUCCGUGUUGUACCAAAGUGAGUAUUUUCAACAGCAAAGCUGUGCUCUCCGUGCAUCUGUGGUGGGGUUCUUAUGAUUAGUCUAACCUUAAACACCCAGUGUAUGUCGUAUGUUUGUGUGCACACUGGUUAUUGGGAAAGAAUGUGUAUAUGGGUGUGUUUCUGCGUGUGUGAAUGUGACAGUGUGUUUCAACUGUCUAUCCCUGUCUCUAUGUCUGAUUGGGGUUUGGAUUUCUAUUGAUAUGCACUGCAUGAUAUUGCUGUUAUGAUUUGCACUUUAAUGAGUAUUUAUUGAAAAACAAUAAACAAACAUA